GGAAGAAGCUUCCUUUGAAUAUAAAUAAAAUCUAAGGAAAAAAAUACCAUAAUAAUAACAACAAUAAUUUUAUUGUAGUAAUGCUUUUGUAUGGACAUCACAUCACAUGGAUGAUGGAUUGGAAAGCUGAUAUUAAUUAUCGUGAAGAAUUUUCAGCGGGGGUUGAGAAUUGGAACUGGUCUGGUUGGUUGUAUACAAAAGUGAAGGUAAGGAGGGAGACGCAAAGGAUAUGACAGAUUCUUCAGCCGCCGGAGGCCGGUCUUCGUCCCUAAUGGACAAUUUGCUCGGACUCCUCAGGAUUCGCGUCAAGCGUGGCGUUAAUCUCGCCGUCCGCGACGUCUGUAGCAGUGACCCUUACGUUGUCAUCAAGAUGGCCAAACAGAAACUCAAGACAAGUGUCAUUAAAAAGGAUGUUAAUCCUGAGUGGAAUGAAGAUCUAACUCUGUCAGUUACAGACCCUAAUCUUCCAAUCAAGCUGACUGUUUAUGAUCAUGACACAUUCACCAAAGAUGACAAAAUGGGAGAUGCCGAGUUUGACAUCAAGGAUUAUGUAGAUGCCUUGAGGAUGAAUUUAAAAGACCUUCCAAGUGGCACCAUAAUCAGAAGAGUACAGCCAAGCAGGCAAAACUGCUUGGUUGAAGAGAGCUGCAUAACAUGGAACGAAGGCAAGCUGGUCCAAGAUCUCUGCCUCAGAUUGAGAAAUGUGGAAUGUGGGGAAGUGGAAAUCCAAUUGCAAUGGAUUGAUCUUCCUGGUUCCAAGGGUUUGUAAAGUAUGUGUACGCUCCUUUAUUUGCUUUCUUUCACGUGUUGUGUGUGGGAUGGCUUCAAGCUUUUACAACCCUGCAUCUUGUGAUUUCCCCGUACAUAGGACGUGUGAUGAACUUGGCUUGUAUGCUUUCAUGUUUGGCUAUUUGUAUCCAGUUUGUAGCUCAUUAUGUAGGUUUGAACAAUUUUUGGUGUUAAUGUUACCAAAAUUACUAUA